CGCGCGGCCAAUGGCGGCGGCGCGGCGGGGCGGGGCGAGGUGAGGAAGCAGAGAGGCGCGGCUGUUGUCGUCGCCGUCGGUUCUCUGAGGACUCUCCAUCAGAAGGCCAAGAAACUUUAACUUGUUUCACACAAGUUAUUCAGAUGAAGCAAUGCUCCAUAUGAGCCUUCCAACAUCUGCAUGUGUAGAUCUGUCCAGUGUAUUAAUCGCAUCUAACACUGCUCCCUUCCGGAGAAAAGACAUCCAAGAGAGCCUCAUACAGUGUACGUUCAGUAACUAGACCUGCUGAAAACUUUGCUCUUCAAAUCUAUUAGGAAGUCUGGUGUUUGUGGGAAGCUAAAAAGCUCAGUAAUGGCGCCGUUACCAAAUGCUGAAUUAGUUCAGAACUCCUUGCAGUUGUAUCGUUACCUGCUCUGAUGCUGUAAGCAACUUCCCAAAGAGAAUAUUCGUCAGCAUUACCGACAUGCUAUCAGGCAGAGUUUCAAAGUUCAUGCAGAUGAAGAUGAUCCUGAGCGAAUCCAACAGAUUAUUAAGAGAGCCAUUGAAGAUGCUGACUGGGUCAUGAACAAAUAUAGAAAACAGAAGUAGAAGAGGAAUGAUGAACACAAGAAUGUUGCUGGUAAACAUCCUUAAAGGACUUGCAGUCAAACCCAGUGCUGUGUUAUAGUUAUUGCCUGCAGUUUUCUCUUAAAUAAUACAAAUACAAUAAUUUAUAUCUCAUUGGAAUGUCAUGAAGCUAAAUUAAUAUUUCCAAAGUUAUUACAGUCUGUAUAUUGGACACAAACUGCGUUCAAAGUAUAAUCACAAAUUUUAGUUGAAAGAAGCCCAGGCUUGUCUAAGAUUUGAGUAACAGAGAACUUCUCAGGAAAACUUACCGAGAAUGAAAAUAUAGUGGAGUACAAGUCAUUAAUAAAUAAUAAAUAGUGCCCUGUGUGUUGUUCCUAUCUGAUGAAUUACAGCAUCUCAUCUGAAGGAAGUAGUAUCUGAGCACAGAGGUCUAUGCUGGGAGCCCGCAAACCUGAGAAAAGCUCACUGAGGAUCAGAGCAAGUUUCUCUUCACUUGAUUGUGGACUAGAUCAUACUGUUAGGCUUAGAUCCACCCUAGCAUAGCAGUGUUUGAUACAUCUACUGUGCAAGCUGUUUGUUGGCAAGGUGAUUCUGUAUGACUAACAAUGGAUUUAAGUUUGGGUUUGUAUGACGUUCCCAGUUAGGGUAGUUGGUCUGUUAACAUCAGAUCAUCCGCUGUCAGGACCAUAGAUAUGUUUUCAGAGUGAAGCAGAGAUGUGACCAGAGCAUAGAGCUGGCUUUAAACCAGUAGCAGGCACAAAAGUGUAGGCUACAUGCAGAGAACAUACCUGCAGGAACUUUAACCUCAUCUGAAACUUGUACCACAGUAUUUUCCACUUGCCUUCCUGUACUAGGGCAUGUCUUCAUCCUACUCUGUAGGUUUGCACUUGAACUAAUGGUUGUCUUUUCUUAUUUAC